AUGGCUACCUACCACGCCGCUACCUGCCACGCAUGCGAGCGGAGGAGCGAUGAAUGGGCACCGCCGCGAGUGGCACCACUGCCGCCACCGCUACGUGAAUGCCUUGUCUCUUGCUCCCCGUGUUCUCGCCUCUUCGCACACGACCAGGUAAACCUCUCCUAUCCGAUAAAGGACGCGUCAGCCACAGCCUGGAACGUGCUGGAUCUGGCCCUGGCGCUGUCGCGACACGACCACACAUCAGUGGUGGCCACUGCAGACGCGACGUGUGCGAGUGGUGGUACCGUGGACGGCGACCAAGAGGCGUUCUGCAGUCGGUGCAGCAGACAAUAUGCCCCCGCGUGCUGUUGCAGCUCUCUGCUCCAGAUUGACCCCGCCGAGCUGUGUGGGCUCUUCUGCGGCUCAACGUCAAGAGACGGCACUGUAUUGCGGCAUCCAUUGGCUGCUGGGCCGCUUCUCGCCAACGCACCAGUAUUCGCGCGGUGUAUACGGCUACGCUGCAUCCUUUUCGAUGUGGUACUCCAUGACGGCGCAGGCAAUUCAAACAUGAUCGACAGCGGUCUUUGUUCAUCGCCGUCUGUAACAGGAGCCCUCGCUGUCGCCGUCUGCGCACACACCGGCGCCGGUGUCACUGAAGACGGGGGAGUGGAUGAAGGCCAUGGAAGCAGCAACUGGCUUUCACUGUCCACGGCAUCCUCGGUAGCCAGCACGGCGUGCGCCCUGACCUGGCUUGUAAAGGUUUUCCUGCCACUGUCACAAGUCCCGGCCCUGGCAAUAGGGCUCACUCUGACCCGCCCCGCAUUUUCGGGUUCCGACAACGAGGUCGGCGCUGGCACGCCUAUGCAGUGGUGUUACGUGGAGCGCAGCGCUUCCUGCUCCGUGCCGUAUGACGCAUUGUGGGCGCACUGGACGGCGAUGGUCACACCACCAGAAAGUCUCCUAGCGGGUUCGAGGCUCGCGUCGGCGCCCUGCUUUGCCGAGGGCGAUCACGACGAUGACUUCAUCGUUUGGGGCCGCCUGCAGCACUACGCAGAGAGAGCGACCACAGUCUUGUUUGGUGGGCAGCCGGCCGGCUCUGUGACGCCCAAGUCCACACGUCUGUGCGCCCUUCUCGCGGUGCUCGGCGAUGUGCGCGCAUGUGCAACACGACGGUCCACCUCCAACCCACUCCCGGUUCUGCUCUCCGACGAGACGAAUGGGCCGCAGCGCCUGCUCUUUCAGUGGUUCACGUUUCUUGGGCUCCGAAGCGCAUCGUCGUUAGAAUGCCGGCCCUCGCUAGGGCUGUCGACUGAGAUCCACGCCAUCGUAUCCACACCCGACUGGCUGGCAGAGCUAAGCGCGUGCCACUCGAUGUUCUCUCUUGGACCCUGGCUGCACCUCGUCUCGCAGUGGCUGACUUUUCGCGUCCUGGAGGCCGCCCUGGAGUUGCUGCCGUCGAUGCUGCGGUGGAGGGCAGGAGGUGCGUCCUCUGCAGAGACGCACCUCCUAUUCCGCGCUGAUGUCGACUCGAGCCGGUGCUGCUCUCCCGGCCUGUGCUCCGGCGCUGAUAGUACGGCGUGUCCGGCACGAAAGAAGGGCGGCUUUGCACAGCUGCGGCCGUCUUGCUGGAUGCGAUACCGAACCACAGCAUCGACACCAGUUGCAGCACCGCCCUCUGUAGCCUCCAUCGCCGCCGCGCUGCCGGAGCUGCCCAAGGCAGAGGCAGUGCUCGUGUGUGUGCUUGAGCGCUUGAUGAGUGCCGCCAUCGGCCCAGCUGACGGCUCGCGCAAGCCGCCCUGUCGCUCCGCCACCGCGCACGCUCUUAUUCUCGAGCCGGAGGCGCACGGAGUGGUGACGUGUCGGCUGCACCUCGGUUCGCCUCCACCCAAGUGGCAACGCAAUGGGCUGUCUGUACGUGGGGCCGGCGUGCCACCUCUCUCAAAAAGUUUCCCAACAAGGCCCCUAGCACUGAGCUCAGCACCGCCGGCAGCACGCGCGGCACAUGCCCCCGUUGUCGCGGCCUUCCUCUCCUGGUACGCACUCGACUUUGACGCCGUCUUCGGUCGCCUCUAUCGUGUAUGGCGGCUCGCCCAACGGUACCACUCUCGCUGCCCCGCCAAGUCAUGCGGCGAAAUCGGGGCGGCGGGUGCAGCGGCUCCACACGAUAAUGACCCGUGGAGGGGUGUGGUCGACACGGCCGUGCGAUGCUACAGUGAUGACGCCGGCUGCAGUGGUCAAGCGUCCGAGGGUCCUGCACUUGGCUCGCUCGGUCGCUGCCUCCUCUUGGCGCUUUGGCUGUCGCUGGCCCUCGUCGAUGUUGACGAGGGCGUCGGUGCCGCCACCUCCUGCCCACCACUGGCGUGGAAAGGAACGCUGUACUACUCCAGUCGACGAAACGUGCUGCAUGUACGGGACUGGGGCACGGCCCUACAUAUACGUCACGUAGCCUCGUGUUUGUCUGCCGGGGCUCUGCAGGAUGGGAAUAGCACGGGGAGGGAGUGCGGCGCCGCUGUAAAGGAGGCGGUGUCGACCGUCGUCAACUCAUUCAAUCGUGCUCGCGCCGCCACCGUUGCCGCCCAGGCUCGCGCUAGACUUCAGGCGCCGUCAACGACUCAUCUACCUUUCCCUGAGGCACACGACUCUCGCGGGCACACCACGACAACCUCCCGUGGUGCUGGUGACACUACCGGCUGCAACACGUGCCGGCUUUUACGUAUCUCUCGCGAUGAUAGUGCUGCCGCGGAGGACGACGACGAGUGCAUCCUGCUGAGCUGGAGCUGCGACACUGCGAAGGAGGAAAGUGGGUCGCGUGAGGGCGGCUCUGGAGUGCCGCUCGUGCAACAGCAGCAGGGGAAGCCACGCACGGGUGGUGAUGACCCUCUGGCGUCCACAGAUCCACUGCCCAGCACCUCUCUCCAAAGCUCGUGGUUAGACUACAGCAUCGAAGAGUUCGCGGAGGCAAAUGACGGCACGAUCGGCCAGCCACCCGUGACACAGGCGCCAGCGCCACAAGUGAGGGAGGAUCCAGAGCAGAGUGCUCUUGAUCCUGCCGUAGCGGUGCCUCUCAUCGAGCUCGAAUCCCAUCUUCGCGAACUGCUGACACGUAACGCCCUGUCAGAGAUGCUUUCGCUCGUUGGCCUCACCGGAGGACUCGCGUGGCGCACGUGUGACGAUGGCGACGUGGCUGCUCGGCAGCGUCUCGCUAGCCACGCGCGGUCACAUAGCGUGAGGGCGGAGGCACGGCGACGGUUCGGUGGCUCUAGUGCGCUUCACGUAGAUACAGUGCAGCUUCACGAGGAUGAGCAACCGCCAUCACCUGCCGCCGCCGCCGCCGCUCACGUGGAUGUAUCCUUGUCGACGCGGCACGCUCUGCCUGCGCUAGCCUCCUCGAAAGCAGCGCGUCUUCAGGAGGACGAGGAGUCUGCUCGAAGCACACUCUGUGGCGCUGAGCAUCGCAUGCGUCAGUACACCUAUGCUCGUUGCACACACAUUGGCGGUCUGAUCCUACUGCAGAGCCAAGAAGCGCGAGGACGCCUGCACUUGAGCCAAGUGUGGGAGCUGGAGCAGGAGGAGUGGCAGAUGCGGUGGAGCACAGUUCUAGUGCCCGAGUGUGUGCUGCGUAGCCUCCUCCACGAGAAGGCCGCCGCAGGAGCCUGGAAAGCGUUGCCCCGGCAAGAGGAACCGCAAGAAAGGCAGCAGCACGAUUGUCGACACCACAACAGACGCCUUGGAUAUGCCCCCCAGUGGCAUCAGAGAGGUCCGCGCGGCCGUGCGGCAUCUGUCAAGGUCGACUGUUCUCCCCUUACACCGACUGCAGACGAGGCGUGGGCACAUCGAAUGUUUCUGCUCUGCGGAGACGUGGAAGAGGUCGACAGGGAGGCGCAAGACCGCCGUUCAGAGAGAAGCCCACGCGCCAAAGCCGACGCCUCCCACAGUCCUCCAUCUUGCCAGAGGCGUCAACAGGAGCCGCAGAUGCCACUGUUAGCGCCGCUCCGCUCACCAUCGCUCAUGGUGCGGCCGCGUCGUGCGCCUUGGCAAGCGUGCCCCGAUAAACCUGCGGCGAGGGCGCCUGUCUCGAUGUGCCCUCCCGCUGCUGCUGCUGCUGCCCGUUCGGCGGUUCCGGUCCUGUCUAUCUCGCUAUGCGAGACGCCACCUUCGGCACCGGCGCGUACAUCAACGCGCCGAUGUCUGAACGAGCUUCCCCUGAACCACCGCAGGAUCGAUGCCGGCUUUGCCCGUAUCGCGCCCCCGCACCAGCUUGUAUCACCCCCAAGCACUGCUGCAAUAUGCUGGCGCUUACCGGGAGAAGAUGGUGGCGCACUCGUCCAUCACGGCUCUCCAAGAAGGAAAGUCUCGCUCCUGAAACACAGAGACACCCACUGCGACACUGCAGCGCGCCGACGACCAUCUGCAGGGGAGAGCGCGUCGGCUGCAGGUGUAGAAGCAAUUUGCACGGCUGCCGCAAUAAAGUGCAACCGUGCGGACAGCGAGAGCAGAGGUGUUCCUCUUGCCACCGCGCCCCCUGUCCCCUCUACAGCGAAGGAGAGGUUGGCGACGCACGCUGGCCCACCUGUGCUUACACAUGUCGCGACUCAUGUGGCCAGCACAACUUCCGUCCCGCCACGUCGCCUUCGCACGCCCGUGGUAACGUGGUCGGAUGAUGUGCAGCAGUAUUGA